UAAUAUUAUGUAUUUGUUGAUGGUUAUGGUACGAACACAUACUAUUGGUUAGUUGAGAUUCAUUUUCUGCAAAUCAAAGCCAACUCCUUCUUUUCCUCACACUCUUCUUCAUACAACAAAAACAGCAUAUUGCAGAACAAUAGCAAUUUGUUCAAAUUCUGCUAUGCUAUAGUGUUAUAGCCGCUAUUUGACAACACCGAUAGACACCGACAAGUCUCAGACACCCGACACACCUUCAAUAUGAAGUGUUGAUACUCGAUACUACAUAGGUUUACAUGGAUUUGUCUCCUCAAAAGUGAAAAGGAACUAAUUUCCACCUAGUUGAUGACAAAUCAUGAAUGUGUUGGACUAUCAAUGGUUAAUUUUCUCACCGAUGGUUAAUAUUACUCAACUCCAUUAUAUGAACUGUCCAGUUUGAAGAGCCGAAUCCAUUCUACAUGAACUUUUGAUGUUCAUUUGUUGAUUGAGAGUUUGUAUAAGAUAAGUUCUGAAUCUAGUAGUUCUGCAUAGUUCAUGGUUAUUAUUACUAUUUUGAGAAUGGAAAAGAAACCUGUUUGUUUGCAUUUAUUUAGAAUGACAAAGAUCACUAUUUACUUAAAUUUAGUCUCUUUCUGACUUUUGUGCAGAGACAUUGCAAUGACAACUUGUAUACCUGCUGGACGGGGCACAUUGCAUUACCGAGUGACAGACUACAAGGGACGAAGCUGUAGUAAAGGGGCAUGGGUUUCUGAUGUGUCUAUCAAGAGUUACUUACAAAAAGAUCUUUCAUGGUCUAAAAGGGUAUCCAAGGUAUUGCAGAUACAUAGAAGUGAGUUUUCUGUACCUGCACUUUGUAAGAAUAGGAAACUCUUCAAAGUUAUUUCAUCAAGCAAAAAAGAUGGUACCACAAAAUACUUUGACUUUGCCGUUAUUGGGAGUGGAAUUGCUGGACUCCGAUAUGCACUCGAAGUUGCAAAAUAUGGAACUGUUGCAGUGAUAACAAAAGCUGAACCUCAUGAAUGCAACACAAAUUAUGCUCAAGGUGGUGUAAGUGCUGUACUACACCCUUCAGAUUCUGUGGAGAGUCACAUGAAGGACACCAUUGUAGCUGGGGCUUAUCUUUGUGACGAGGAGAGUGUUCGAGUUGUUUGUACUGAGGGUCCUGACAGAGUCAGAGAACUAAUUGCUAUGGGCGCAUCGUUCGAUCAUGGGGAAGAUGGUAACUUGCAUCUUGCGAGGGAGGGGGGUCAUUCACAUAAUAGAAUUGUUCAUGCUGCUGAUAUGACUGGAAAAGAGAUUGAACGCGCUCUAUUGAAAGAAGCUAUCAACAAUCCUAAUAUUUUUGUGUUUGAACACCAUUUUGCUAUAGAUCUUCUCACUAGUCAGGAUGGAUCAGAUAUAACUUGUCUUGGUGUUGACACGCUUAAUACUGUAACCCUAGAGGUGGUAAGAUUUCUUUCAAAGGCGACUUUACUAGCAUCAGGAGGAGCUGGACAUAUUUAUCCUAAAACUACAAAUCCGCUGGUAGCCACCGGAGAUGGAAUUGCAAUGGCACACCGAGCUCAAGCUGUGAUUUCCAACAUGGAGUUUGUGCAGUUCCACCCGACCGCCUUAGCUGAUGAAGGGCUUCCUAUAAAACCAUCCAAGCCUAGGGAUAAUGCAUUUCUGAUAUCUGAAGCUGUAAGGGGUGAUGGCGGCAUCCUUUAUAAUUUAGCCAUGGAAAGGUUUAUGCCUUCAUAUGAUGAAAGGGCAGAGCUUGCUCCAAGGGAUGUAGUCGCAAGAAGUAUUGACGACCAACUUAAAAAGCGUGACGAAAAGUAUGUGUUCCUUGACAUUAGCCACAAGCCGAAGAAUGAAAUUCUCUCACACUUUCCCAACAUUGCUUCGAUGUGUCUUCAAUAUGGUUUGGACAUAACCCGUAAUCCAAUCCCUGUUGUUCCAGCUGCUCAUUACAUGUGUGGAGGAGUUCACGCCGGGCUCCAAGGAGAGACAAAUGUGAAAGGUCUGUAUGUAGCUGGUGAGGUAGCAUGUACAGGUUUGCAUGGAGCAAACAGACUUGCUAGCAACUCAUUGCUCGAGGCACUCGUUUUCGCGCGAAGAGCUAUCCAACCCUCGGUCGAUCAAAUGAAGAACUCUAGCCUCGACCUGAAUGCAUCAAAUUUAUGGCCAAGACCUACUUUGCCAUUGUCACUUGGAAGUAAUGCCAAAGCUAAAAUUUUAUCUGCGACCCAAGAAUUGAGGAAAGAACUGCAAACUAUCAUGUUUUACUAUGUAGGAAUUGUGAGGUCAACAAUGAGGUUAGAGACAGCCGAGAAAAAAAUCGGCAAUCUUGAGGCGAAAUGGGAAGAGUACUUGUUUAGGCAUGGAUGGAAACCAACAAUGGUGGUGCCUGAGAUUUGUGAAAUGAGAAACCUCUUUUGUUGUGCUAAGUUGGUGGUUAGCAGUGCGCUUUCGAGGCACGAGAGCCGCGGUUUACAUUACACGGUUGAUUUUCCACAUCUCGAGGAAAGUGAGAGACUCCCAACAAUCAUUUUUCCAAGUUCACCGUUGAACAGUACAUGGAGUUCUAGACAGUUACAGAAGCAGCCUAUGUAUCAAUAAGGCAUCGAUUUCUGAAAAUUACGUAUAUUAAUAGGUAACGUUAAUCGAAAUCCAGCAAAAUAAAUACCAAAUGGGAAGGGAAUACUCGUUAGAUUGAAUCAAGUAUUAAUAAUGUUUUUCCCUCUCCCUUAUAGUUAACUGAUUAUUUUGUCCAUGAGGCAUCGGCUCAGUGGUAAAAGUUUGAUCUUGUAACCUCAGGGAACAAUAUUCAAAUCCCCUCGGAAAUGGUUGUAAAAGGACCAUUCGUGUCACUAUAAAUAAUAGUUUCCUCUUCCGCAAUAUAGCCAGAUAUAUAGCUAAUUUGGGUCAAAAUCUCCCUUCUAUCAGUUGUAUCAGUGAUCAAAUCUCAAGAUGUAAUUGUUCAUCUAUUGGUACUUGUGUCAUCACCAUACUAUUUAUACAUAAUGCACUUACUAGUUGAUGCAACUUUCUAAUACUGUUAGAACCUAA